GACCGAUCUAUUACUCCAAACCAACCCGAUUCACAAGAAGAUUCCGGUUCUCAUCCACAACGGUAAACCAGUAUGCGAGUCCAAUAUCAUACUUGAAUAUAUCGAUGAGGUCUGGAAAGGCGAUAAGACGCUCCAUCUACUACCUUCUGAUCCUUAUCAAAAGGCACAGUGUAGAUUUUGGGCUGAUUUUAUUGACAAAAAGAUAAUAUAUAUGGAUCGGGAAUAGAGCUAGUAGCCACGUCAGCAUAGGGUGAUUUCUAGGGCGAUCGAGUUUCUAGGGUUUUUGAAGUUUUCCGCCCACGUUAGGGCAUGUCGGCGCCAGAGCAGGCGCCUCUUCCGCCGGCGGAGGGUGCGGGAUUGGAAGAGGGAGAGAUCGGGAUUGUUGGGGAGGUCAUUGAGGAGUCUCAACCCGAUGGGAGAGAGACCCAAGGUUUAGGGCAGGAAAAACAUGUGGGUGAGUUGGAUCGUAAGGAAUCUCCGGAGGUGAAGGAGGCUGUCUCGACGAGUCUUAAAGAAGUGGUGGGAGUGGAGCCAAUCGGGAAAACUUGGUCAUCUGUGGUGGCUGAAAAAUCUCGAUUGCAGAAGUACGAGGUCGUAGUGGAAGAGGUUGACGGGGUGGAAACAAUACAAGUCCCGGAUGAUGUUUUCGACAAUGCUCCACCGCUCUGGGAAGAUUGCAUAAUUGGGAAAUUUGUUUCUAAAGCUCCUCAUGUGGGGUUUAUUCACAUGACGGUAAACAAGAUUUGGACGCUGGGUUCUAAAACCAUCAAAGUAGAUGUUUUUGUGGUGGAUGACACCACUGUUAAGUUCAAAAUACCAGAUGCAUCGAUUAGAGCUCGGGUACUUCGACGUGGAAUGUGGAGCAUCAAAAACAUUCCAAUGAUGGUUUCAAAAUGGAGCCCUUAUUUGGAGGAAGUCCAACCGGAGGUGCGUUAUCUUCCGAUGUGGGUCACUCUUAGGAAUGUCCCUCGAUCGAUGUUUACGUGGAAGGGUUUAAGCUUUCUCACCAGCCCUCUGGGUGAGCCAAAAAAGCUUCAUCCUGACACGCUUUGGGCUAAAAGCUUUGAAGAAGCGAAGGUGUUUGUGGAGGUAAACUUGAGCCAGAAGUUACCUGAAAGCUUUAGUUUCAAAUCAAAGAGGGGUGUGGAUACUAUAGUUCAGUAUGAGUUCCCAUGGCUCCCACCGAGAUGUGUGUUGUGCGCGAAGUGGGGUCAUGAGAAAGCUGAGUGUAAAGCCCAGCCUGGUGAUAAGACAAUUCUGCAGAGAGGCUCACCUCUGAAGGAUUGUGUAACUGGUGGAAGCAAAAGUAUCAACGUCUCGGGUGCUCUUGCGGUGGUGUCUGAUAUAAGUAAGGGUAAGGGCAAGGAGUUGGCUCAGGAUACAAAUGUGGUGGAAUCUGCAAAGAGAGGUGAAGGUACGAGUUCAUGCAAUGUAUCUGAUGAUAGAUAAAUGCAGAUAGUGGGAUGGCGAAUGUGGUAGCUGAAUCUCCGACUAAAGCUCGUUCAUGCUCGGGUAUUGGAGGGGAGAGCCUGAAAACUGUUGGUGCGGAAAGCUGGCAAGCCGCAAAGUCCCCAGCGAAAUCUGCACGGUAUUAUAAAAAGGUGGAGGAAGAGGGCAUAAUUUCGGCUUCGAGAUAUGUCUCGUUGUCGGGCUCUCAUGUAGGGUUGGAGGAGGAGCAUGAGGAAAAUACAGUACGAGAUUCUGAUCAGGAGCCUGAGUCGAAGAGUAUGGUGGCUCACGACAAUAAAGAGCUUGACCAGGUGAAUGAAGGUGGUCGUGUCUCUCUUCCGCGAGGAUCAAAGACUGCACACAAGUUUGUUACUGCUCCUCCUGGUUCGGCUUCAAAACAGAAGUCGGGAAGGAGGAACAGGAGGAAGAACUCAAAAGCAAAUCAUUAAUGUCAGGUUUCUUUUGGAAUGUGAGGGGUUUUAACAAACAAAAAAAACAUAAUGUUGUCAAAAAAUGGUGUCGGGAGCAGGAUUUCUCAUUUGGAGCGUUGAUCGAAACUCGUGUAAAGGAGAAUAAGGCAUUGGAUAUUGUAUCGGAGGUCUUUCCGGGAUGGUCAUUCCACCAUAAUUAUGAUCAUCAUAGACUGGGGAGAAUUUGGGUAGUAUGGCGAGACUCUGUUAACUCGCCUGUGUUUAAAAGUAAUCAACUGAUUACUGUGUUAGUGAAACUGCAGGGGCAUGAGGAUGAGUUUCUGUGUAGCUUUGUGUAUGGUUCAAAUUUCAUCGAAGAUAGAAGGGAGUUGUGGAAUGAGCUUCGCAGUCAUUUCGUGUCACCGGUGUAUGGUCGUUUACGGUGGCUGGUUAUGGGGGAUUUUAAUGAGAGUUUAUCCAUGGAGGAGCACUCUGACUUAGAUUCAGGGCCUGUGUCUCAAAGUGGUAUGUGGGAUAUUCAGGAUUUGGUGCGAGAUGGGGAUUUAAACGACAUGGGGUAUCAUGGACCAACCCUUACAUGGUGUAAUAAGCGAUCAGCGGGUCUAGUCUGUAAAAAACUUGACCGUCUUCUAAUGAAUGCUCAUUGGCUUGAUCGAAAUCCACAGUCUUACUGUGUAUUUGAAUCUGGUGGCUGUUCUGAUCAUUUGAGGUGUCGAUUUUACAUUGAUGGGGGGUCAUCUAGGCCCAAAAAACCUUUUAAAUUCACGAAUGUGGUAGCAAAGCUCCUGGAAUUUCAGUCAGCUUUGCAGGACUAUUGGGAAGGAACAACUCCUCUGUUUCAUUCUACUUCAGCUCUCUUUAGAUUCUCUAAGAAGCUUAAAUUCUUGAAACCAGUGGUGAGGCAGGUGUCUCGCGCUGCUCUCCAUGAUAUUUCGAAGCGGGUGCAAGAACAUUUUGUUGAUUUGUGCGCCAAACAAGAACAGAUCCUGGUGAGUCCUUCUUCGAUGGCACAACAGGAGGAAAGUGUGGCUUUUGUUAAAUGGGAGGAUUCAGCUAACCUGGAAGAGAGAUAUCUGGCUCAGAAAUCUAAGCUUAAUUGGUUGAAUGUGGGGGAUAAGAAUACCAAAUUCUACCACAGAGCGGUGACAACAAGAGCAAUUAGGAAUGGAAUUCGGGAGUUACAGACAUCAGAAGGGCAAUUGCUUAGUGGGUGUUCUGAAAUCAAGGAGGAGGAGGUAAACUAUUUUAAGUCUUUUCUGAAGCAUCGACCGGAUGUUUUUCGAGAGGUAAUGGUUGCGGAGAUCCAGGACUUGAUUGAAUUUCGAUGUUCAGCUGAGGAUCAAGGGAAGCUUAUUGCAGAAGUUACUUCUGCGGAGAUAAAGACAGUGUUAUUCUCGAUGGCAGCAAACAAGUCACCUGGACCAGAUGGUUAUACGGUUGAGUUUUUUACGGAGAGCUGGUCAACGGUUGGAGAAGAUCUAGUGGUUGCAAUUCAGUCCUUUUUUCAGAAAGGGUUUCUUCCUAAGGGACUUAAUUCUACGAUACUAGCUUUAAUUCCCAAGAAGGAACAAGCGAUAUUUAUGAAGGACUACCGACCUAUUGCAUGUUGUAAUGUGCUGUAUAAGAUCAUCUCAAAGGUCAUUGUGAAUCGGUUAAAAACUCUGCUUUCCAGGUUUAUUUCUCCGAACCAGACAGCGUUUAUACAGGAUCGAUUAUUGCUUGAGAAUGUCUUGCUGGCUUCUGAGCUUGUAGAUGGAUAUCAUAAGAGCUCGGUUUCACCCCGAUGCGCAUUGAAAAUCCACAUUUCCAAAGCUUUCGACUCAGUCGAAUGGAGUUUUCUACUGACUGUUUUUGAAGCUUUGAAUUUUCCAGCUGAGUUUAUUCAUUGGAUCAGGCUAUGUAUUUCGACAGCGUCGUUUUUGGUUCAGGUUAAUGGCGAACUAGCUGGGUAUUUUGGGAGCUCGAGAGGGUUGAGGCAGGGUUGUUCUUUAUCCCCGUACUUAUUUGUUAUAUGUAUGAAUGUCCUCUCUAGCAAACUUGACCAAGCGGCGAGGGUGAGAGGUUUUGGUUUUCAUCCUAAGUGUUCGAAUUUGCAGCUUACGCAUCUCUGUUUUGCGGAUGAUCUUAUGAUUUUUUCUGAUGGGAGUCUGAGAUCGCUUGAAGGGAUAGUCAAGGUGUUCGAGGAAUUUGCUGAGAUUUCAGGGUUACAAAUAAUUAUGGAGAAAUCAACCCUUUAUCUAGCUGGAGUUAAGGAUGAUGUUCGACAAGCUAUAAGUCAGAAAUUCUCUUUCGAAGUGGGAUCGCUUCCGAUACGCUAUCUUGGGUUGCCUUUGUUAACAAAACAGAUGCGAUCUUUGGAUUAUACCUCAUUGAUUGACAAGAUUAGAUGCAGAAUGAACUCAUGGACAGCGAGACACUUGACAUUUGCAGGUCGAUUGCAGCUUCUAACCUUGGUUAUUGCGAGCCUGCUGAAUUUUUGGAUGCAAGCUUUUCGUUUACCGAAAGGAUGUAUAUAGCAGAUCGAUAGCCUCUGCUCUGCUUUCUUAUGGUCGGGUCCAGAACUUAAGCAGAGGAAGGCUAAAGUUGCUUGGGUUGAUGUGUGCAAACCAAAACGGGAAGGAGGUCUUGGGUUGAAAAAUCUAAGUGUGGCCAAUGAUGUGUUUGUGUUGAAGCUUUUUUGGCGAGUGCUAACAUCAUCCUCUUCUUUAUGGGUUCGAUGGCUGAAGGUGAAUCUUAUGAGGGGAGAGUCUGUGUGGUUAACGCCUGAACCUACAAGUCAAUCUCCGGGUUCUUGGAUGUGGAAGCAAAUCCUGAAGUGUAGGCAACAAGCGGAGGAAUUCAUUAAAGUGGAAGUGCGCAACGGAAGAUCAGCUCUAUUUUGGUAUGAUAAUUGGUCCUCUUAUGGAAAACUUCUAUCGUCCCUGGGAGCUCGGGGGUGUGUUGAUCUGGGCAUACCUCAUAGCUGCACGAUGGAAGAAGUAAUUCAAACUCAUCGGCGACGCAACCAUCGCGUACAGCGAUUGAAUGAUAUCGAAGAUGCGCUAGACAAAGAAAAACAGAAAUAUAAUGAAUCAGAAUCGGACAUUUUCAGGUGGAGAGCCAAAGGAGAUGUUUUCAAGGACGAUUUUAGCACCAGGAACACAAGGGAUCAGUUGCGUACCUCGCCACGAGUUCCCUGGUUUGCUGGAAUCUGGUUCAAACAUCAUAGUCCAAAGUUGAGUUUUAUUGCUUGGCUAGCUUUGCGGAACAGGCUAUCGGGUGAUAGGAUGCAGGCAUGGAAUCAGAACAUUUCAUCGGAGUGUGUUUUUUGCAGAGAGCCUGUUGAGACUGUUACUCAUAUGUUCUUCUCUUGUCCUUUCUUGCAAAGGGUCUGGAGGAACUUCGCAAGUGGUAUACUGAAACAUGAAUUCUCAGUGGAUUGGCACAUACUGAUUAAUCUGAUCUCCAGGCCCCAGAAGUGUAGAGUUGCAGGGUUUAUCAUCCGGUAUCUCUUCCAAUUGUCGAUUCACACAUUGUGGAAAGAAAGGAAUGAUCGGAGACAUGGCCAGAGACCCAUGGAGUGGAAGCGAGUAGCAAAAAGCAUUGAUAAAGGGCUGAGAAACCGGCUAAGCGCAAUCAGUCUAUUGGGUGAUGGACGAUACGAAGGCGGCAUGCAACUGUGGUUUGCUUCCAGACCACAUACUUAGCUUGGCGACAAGGGGUUUAAAUAUCUUGUAAUAUAAUUCUAGAAUUUAUCUGCUCGCAUCACUGUUGGGGUCGGUUUUACCCCAAGCAGAUAAAACCAUCUCAAAGUAUUGGAGAAAACCGAUUUGGCAAGAAGGAACAGCUGUCCCACGAAACAAAUGGGCCGAGCUGUCCCACGAAACAAGUGGGUCGAGCCGUGCUCAUCAAGACGAGUGGACCGAGCCGUGGAGAAGGAUAGAUGGGCUGAGCCGUGAGAAGAACGAAGAGUGGGCCGAGCUGCGCAAGAGGAAGCAUGGACCGAGCCGCUUUCCUUUGUGUUGGGCCAAGCCAGUUUUUCCAGACAGGCCGAGCCGAAGUCUCGAAGGGCGAAAGCCCAUAAGAACCCUAGGCGAGGCAUUGUGACGGUGGCCGCACGAAGCGAUAAGAAAAUAUUCCAAAAAUCUCUCCCGAGAUUCUCGGCUAGGUGGUUUAGAAAGUUAGUAUAAAUAGACAAUGUAUGCAAUUCAUUCUGUAACUUUUCACAACUCGAGAGUAAUAAGACUUAAACACUUUUCAGCAAAAAACCUUCUUUUGAUCUUACUGUUCUUGCGAUAAAUCCCUAGAAAUUUUGGAUCCUUUAAGUUUUCCUUAGCAAAUUUUUGGUUGUGCGAGUUUUGGCUCACACAUCAUUGAUGUAGAAACGCUUUUUUUUCUGGUUCGAAUAAAUUUAACAUUCAUCC